AUGCCAGCAGUGGAGGACAGUAAGCAAAUGCGGGCAGGUCAAGUAGUCCAGAUCUUUGACAGCCGCUCACAAAACUUUAUACAGUUCAUUAACAAACGGCGACACAUUAUGGUAAGAAAAAAUGCCACGCAUCCUUAUUUGAUUCCCGCGAAAACUAAAGUCAACCCUUACAGAUACUCAUUUCUGAUUGACGGUGGAGAUAUUUGUCAAGGGGAAUCCCCGUUUCUGCUGAUUGUGGUACCAUCUGUCUACGACCACCAGAAGAAUCGCAAGGUUAUUCGACAGACUUGGGGAAGUGUGGUGAAAACGGGUGAAUGGGCUGACAAUACCACACUACCAGUGAUGAAACUCAUCUUCUUGUUUGGGCUAAGACAUAACUCCAGUUUGUUUUCUACGGUGAAAGCAGACAAUGCAAAUGUAUUUGCUAUGCUAAAAAACGAAAGCUUAGUGUAUGGCGACAUUGUGUUGGUCGAUUUUGUGGACAGUUACAAAAACUUAACCAUUAAAUCCAUGUCAGCUCUCUACUGGGCGACUCAGUUUUGUCCUGAUGCAAAAUACCUGCUGAAGAACGACGAAGAUACGGUCAUAAACCUGCCAUGGCUUAUUGAUGUCUUGAAGCGAAGUUCAACGGACUUUGUAUUUGGAAGUAAACGCAAAGGUUCCACCGUCCCGAGGAACGGGACUCUAAAAUGGAGAGUGUCAGUGGAGGAAUACCCACCGGACAGAUAUCCACCGUAUAUAUUUGGUAACUACUACGUCAUUCCGAACAAUCUGAUUGGGAAGUUAUUCCACUUGUCGGAAUAUAUUCCGUAUUUGUCCAUGGAGGAUGUGUUUAUCACUGGUAUUGUCCGCCAGGCGGCAGGUGUCUCCAUCAAAAGCUUGUCUACAUGGACCUGUAAUCCCAAAUACUGUCGCCGUUUUACUCAAAGAGCUUUUAUUGAACUCGCUAAUGUUCAAAACGUAACCCAAAUCUGGGAGAGCUUUCGUAGUCCGACCAACCUGACAUGUUCUGGGAACAGCACUAGCUAG